AUGCAUCUUCCUCUGUCAGCUAUCAAGCCUGCAGUAUCGAACAGCAUGAAACCACUGAUGACAGCCAAGCUACAUACAACAGCAAAGACAAGUAAUGUGUACACUACGAGACCUAACAUUUCUGCGUUGGCUUUGACCAAAUAUCUUUUACAAACAAAAGGAAUCACGGGAAUAUACCGAGGUCUUGGUGCUACAUUAUUAAGGUAAGAACUAUGAGAGUUGAGAAGCGAAAGUUUCCAUGACAGGUUUCUCAACUCUCAUGCUCUCUAGUAGUUUAGGUUUCCUCCUGUAGUAACAAUGGAUCGAUAAAAUUUGCUCAGUUUAGGUUUCCUUCUGUUGUAACACUGGAUCAAUAAGAGAUGAUCUUUACUGGAUCUCUAGGGAGAACAGUUUAGAACUGAUAGAGCUAUCCAGUAUAAAUCAAGUUAGUUUAGUUGAUGUUUCCUCCUGUUGUAACACUGGAUCAAUAAGAGAUAAUCUUUACUGGACCUCAAGGAAGAACAGUUUAGAACUGAUAGAGCUAUCCAGUAUAAAUCAAGUUACUUUAGUCGAGGUUUCCUCCUGUAGUAACACUGGACCAAUAAGAGAUGAUCUUUACUGCACCUCAAGGAAGAACAAUUUAAAACUGAUAGAGCUAUCCAAUAUAAAUAAAGUUAGUUUUGUUUAGGUUCCCUGAUGUAGUAGCACUGGAACAAUAAGAGAUGAUCUUUACUGGACCUCUACAUAGGGAAAACAGUUUUAGAACUGAUAGAGCUAUCCAGCAUAGAUCAAGUUAGUUUAGUUGAUGUUUCCUCCUGUAGUAACACUGGAUCAAUGCUGAUUUAGAACUGAUAAGUUAAUGCUAUCUACAAUAAAUAAAUUAUAUUUAAGAUCUGAUAAAUAUCUAAAACUGAGAUGUAAAUUUUCUUUUCUAUAGGGACAUACCUUUCUCGUGCUUACAUUUUACAAUAUAUUCUCACCUCAACUUUCUGGUAAGUAAUCUGGAUUUCAAUUUCUUUACAGUCGCUAAAUAUUGUCAUCAACAACCACUUUGCUACUGCAUAAAGUCUGUUGCAAACACAUCUUAUGAAGAAAAAGUGAAAUAUUUGCUCAUGCAAUGUGACUAAAUAUUUCUGACUAAAUUUCUCCGUUAAUACAUCGAAUUUUUAUACAUACCUUAAACUAUUCUUUAUCCUGACUGUAAGAUCCUAACCUACCUUAAGCCAACCCUAAUCAUAUAAGUCUAACUCAAUCUUUAAUCCUAAUCCAAGCAAUACAAAAUCCUUGAGUACACCGCAUUAGGGUUUGAAAUUUUGAAAAUUAUUUAAUUGCUACCGGUGAAUAAGAUCUGGUCGCCAAAUUUAAAAUCAGGUCUCUCUAAAUCGGUGCGUUGCGAAGUAUUCUCUUUGUACUGAUAUCGAUAACGUAAAUAACAGUUGUUUAAUAUGCUGGCGAAUUAUAUGCAACUGGACAGUUGCUGUAGCACAGUACAUUACAUUUGCUUAUUGAAGUACAGUAUAUUUGAAAAUAUGGCUGUAUAACAACCUCGACAUGUUUACAUAUUUAACCAUGCAUUUAUAUUUAACUAAAGCAUUCUGAAUAUUUUCUCGUGAGCUCAUAAAUCAAUUAAAUCGUUUGAAGAAAUUGACACUCGCUGACAGUAAAUGUUCCGCUAUUCGAAAAGCAGAAAUUGUAUGAUCAAGCAGAUUUUUUAGUGUGUUGCUGGACUUCUCUAUAGGGGGAUGUUAAACACCACUAGGUGGGGUACACCAGGGCUCGAAUUUUAUCGCGGCAAUUGCCGUAGAGGGAGAACAAAAUGCCGUGGAUCAUUGCGGCAACAAAGACAAUUUUUUCCGUAUAGUGCAAUUUUUAUACUAUUCACUGUGCAUAUUACUACUUUGAUACUUGAAUUCAGAUGUUGAUCAAAUCAUGCGUAAAUCACUAUUUUAGUCUCAGUUUUCUUCGAAAAAAAAAACAUUAAAGAAAUACGUAGACAUGUUUCUAGCUUGUCAACAAUCCGAAGUAACAAUAAAAUUAACUUUUUAUUACAAUAAUUUGAAAAAUGCCGUGGAAACUGCCAAAAUUGCCGCAGACAGCUGUUACGUUCUACGGCAAUUUUUAACGGCAUUGCCGUCGAUUGAUUUCAGGGAAAUUCGAGGCCUGGGGUACACCCCCAGCAAUGCAUUCUUAACUCCCAGAGGUAACGAAGUUUGGGUGUUCAUAACUGAAAAGGGUGAUUCCUAAAGGGUCACUUUUGUGACAUCCUGUAUAUUCAAAACACAUUCUGAUUCUAUCAAUUGUGUGAUUUACAGGGUUUUGGACCGAAUGGUGAAAAGUCUAGCACAUUACAUUCGUGCGCCUCUGGUCUCGCUUCGGCACUGGUCAGCGCCCUUGCCGUUACACCUUGCGACGUCAUAAAAACAAGACUGCAAGUUCUUCCCAAUGGGCACAGCGAGCCUAGAUACCUGGGAAUCAAGGACUGUGCUAUAAAGAUUUAUAAACAUGAGGGUCUCGGCUCCUUCUUUAAGGGGGCUGUGCCUCGUAUAAUGGUUAUCGCGCCUCUCUUUGGCAUUGCACAGGCUGUGUAUAAUUUCGAGGUUUCACAGAAGUUAAUGGGGCUUCAUAAAUCGUAG